AACUCCUUUUCUUUUCUUCUCGGCCUCAGUGCAAUGAUCCUCUGGCAGCUAGAUCAGUCUUGGCUUCCCUCAGAUGGACUUGCCGCAUGGUUUCUUGUAGCUGGGUUUGUACGGUAGUUGCGUAAUACCGAGUGAUUACCAUACAAUGGGCUGGAUUCAUCAAAGACCAGAGGCUGAGCCUUGAAAACAUGACUCUUGUGGCUAUUCAUGCAGUCCUGAGUACUCUGUAUUUAUGCUGCCACAGAAAGAACUGGUUACACUCAGGGGAGAAACACGUCAGCUGCAGGGAAGCAUUUACUAAGGACUGAAAUGAAUUUGCAGCCAAAGGAUCCACAUCAUGAAUAGAUACACUACUAUCAAACAGCUUGGCGAUGGGACGUAUGGCUCCGUCCUCCUAGGGAGAAGCAUUGACUCUGGGGAGCUAAUUGCCAUUAAAAAGAUGAAGAGAAAGUUCUACUCUUGGGAGGAAUGCAUGAAUCUUCGAGAGGUUAAGUCUUUGAAGAAAUUAAACCAUGCCAAUAUAGUAAAACUGAAAGAAGUUAUCAGGGAAAAUGAUCAUCUUUAUUUUGUGUUUGAAUACAUGAAGGAAAAUCUUUACCAAUUGAUGAAAGAAAGAAACAAACUGUUUCCUGAAUCUACAGUUAGGAAUAUUAUGUAUCAGAUCCUGCAAGGGCUUGCAUUUAUCCAUAAACAUGGGUUCUUUCACAGAGACUUGAAACCUGAAAACCUCCUUUGCAUGGGACCAGAACUUGUGAAAAUAGCGGACUUUGGCUUAGCCCGAGAAAUCCGAUCUAGGCCUCCUUAUACAGACUACGUAUCUACAAGAUGGUAUAGGGCUCCUGAAGUUCUUCUGAGGUCCACCAGUUAUAGCUCUCCCAUUGAUAUCUGGGCUGUUGGCUGUAUAAUGGCAGAGGUUUACACAUUAAGGCCUCUCUUCCCUGGUGCCAGUGAAAUAGAUACUAUAUUCAAGAUUUGCCAAGUACUGGGGACACCGAAAAAGAAUGACUGGCCUGAAGGCUACCAACUUGCAGGUACCAUGAAUUUUCGCUGGCCCCAGUGUGUACCUAACAACCUAAAGACCCUAAUUCCUAAUGCUGGCAGUGAGGCAGUUCAGCUCAUGCGAGACAUGCUACAAUGGGACCCCAAAAAGCGACCAACAGCUAGUCAGGCACUUCGAUAUCCCUACUUCCAGGUUGGACACACACUGGGCACCUCUCUCUGCAUUCAGGAACUGGGCAAGCAGCCGAAAGAACUCCAUGAUAAAGCAGCACUGCACCAUGUUAAACCAGUCCCUCCUGCACAACCCCCUACAAAACCCCAUGCCCAUCUCUCAUCUAGACCAUUCCAGCAAAGCCAGUCUUCCCAGUACCUCAUGUACCCAUAUAAAGCAGACUCCUUGGUGACUGACCACGGGACCCAGUUAAGAGAGGACGAGCCUGCUCAGGUGCUUCUGCCAGCACUUCGUAGUCAAGUUCCUCAGCAGAAAAUACCGGUUGGGACAGAGAACACGAAUGGUGAACUUAAACCAAAGACUAGGCGAAGAUGGGGACACAUUACUAGAACAAUGAAAGGUUCUGAAGAGUGGGAUGACUUGGAAGACUUGGAUUUUAGCUCUUCCCUCACCAGAACUGAUCUGAAAAACAAGAGGCGACAGAGUGAUGACGCUCUUUGUAGGUUUGAAAGCAUUUUGGAUCUGAAGCUUUCGGACAAUCUAGGUUCUGGCAACAGUGCCCCUUCCCAUGCGUCCUUUUCACGGCAGGACACACCCACCUUGCGAGUUUCUGCAGCCAAGCAGCAUUACUUGAAACAUUCUAGGUAUUUACCUGGGAUAAGCACAAGGAAUAGCAUAGUCUCCAGUUCAAGCAAGGAUUCUAUUAUGUCUAAUCCAUGGCCCACUUCUAGUUUGCCUGGAAAAGCUUCAGGUGUGGGAGGAGGGGUCAAUGGAACGAAUUCAGGGCACUCAGGAUCGAGCAGGUUGACGGGUGGUUAUAUCCCUUCAUUUCUGAAAAAGGAACUAGGCUCUGCUGGGCAGAGGGUUCAGUUAGCACCAAUGGCAGAUCCAUCUUCUAAUUACGCCUCUCUGAAGUCUGUCAGAUCUCAUAUUGGGCGGCCAUCAUUUAAUACACCUUCAAAAAGCACACCAGCAUUAAUGCCGCGUCCACCGCCAAUUCAGCCAAUCCAUGGACGCACUGACUGGUCUUCAAAGUAUGGAGCUCACCGGUGACUUGCAGAAAGCACUUUCUGUUGAAGCAGUGCACAUUUCUCAUGAAAUGGUGACCAAUGCUAAACCAUUUGCCAUGACUUUGUAAGCCUGAGAUUUUAAAGAAACCCUAUCUUCUUUGAGCAAGACAUUUCAAGACUUUUUUAGUUUUAUUUGUAUUGAUUUGAAUGCAGUCAUAUACCUUUUUGUAUAAAAUUGUUUUGUUAUAUGAUAGGGUCCAAUUAUUUUCUUAAAACCAAUACAUUUUGUAUAUAUGGCUUGAUGUUUUUGGCAUUUUAUACGAUAAACUUUGUAAUGAACUUGAUAAAAAUUUAAUAUUUCCUUUGUCAGGUCCAAAUAUUUUAUACAAGUAAAUAAAACGUAGCAGACUGAGGCAGUAUUGCAAAGGAGAUGUAAUUGUGAGAAAGAGGCAUUCACCAAAUAUUGUUUUGUGAUCGUUACGCUCUGAAUGGGAUGUAUGAGGCAAGGUGGUCAAUCAUACUGAAUAACCCAGCCUUAUUUUAGUGCCAUGCUGCACCAGCUGGAUGUGAUUGUCAGUCUUUCACCUGCUUUGGGCUGUAAGACUAAGGACCUGAACUUGCUCUCCUUGAGGUCAAUGGCAGGUGGAUUGGGCCCUAAAUCAAUCACAGGCUUAUUGAAGGGUGUUUUUUAGCUUUGGCUGGUGUUUGUAAAUUUGUCUUCACACUGUUUGUGCUGCCUGUCAGUUUUUCAGUUCUGGGGCUGAUCCUGCAAUCCCAAGGCCAAAUUCCCGCUAACCACACUGUGAGUUUGGCCUGAAUGAGACCAGCAGGAUCAGGCUGCUAGUUUGACUACAUUCCGCCUGUUUUUAAUGCGAUCUCCAUUCAAUAAGUAUUCUGUGGGUUUUGCUCAUCUGUCCCGAAGUGCCACUUCAGACUUAACUGUCUUUCAGAGUGAAAAUAAAACAUGCUGCAUAGGGGGCUGCUCCUAUUAGUCAAUUAUAACGUUCCUAAAGACUUCCACGAAGCAAAGUCAGGCCCUGUUUUUGUAGGGCAAGUAGGAGCUGGAGAAAUAUUUGAGGCAAUAUCGAAUAUGACAAAGCUGGUUCACAGGCAGACUAACAUAGUAUUAGUGAAAAGAACAGGAGUACUUGUGGCACCUUAGAGACUAACAAGUUUAUUAGAGCAUAAGCUUUCGUGGGCUACAGCCCACUUCUUUGGAUGCAUAUAGAGUGGAACACACACACACACACAGUAUGAACAGGUGGGAGUUGUCUUACCAACUCUGAGAGGCCAAUCAGAGUUGGUAAGACAACUCCCACCUGUUCAUGCUCUCUGUAUGUGUGUAUAUAUAUCUCCUCAAUAUAUGUUCCACUCUAUAUGUAUCCGAAGAAGUGGGCUGUAGUCCACGAAAGCUUAUGCUCUAAUAAACUUGUUAGUCUCUAAGGUGCCACAAGUACUCCUGUUCUUCUUUUUGCGGAUACAGACUAACACGGCUGCAACUCUGAAACAUAGUAUUAGUGAUGCACCAGCAGCAAAGUUUAAGAAACUAUAUAUGCAGCUGAUUUAAUUUCUAUUGCUUUGUUUUCCAGCCUGAUUCCCUUAAUGUAUCCAGAUGCAGUUUCCCUAAACAAGUAAACUUCAAUCAACAGUUACAGUGCUGAUUUAGCUCACCUUCCCAUAUUGUAAAAUAUAAUCAGUUUCCAUAAAUGAGGUCUUAUUGGUUAUUUUGUUUAUAGUAAGCAUUUAGGAUCAAAUUCUGGUCCCAGUGAUGUCCAUAGCGAAAUCUCAAUUGAUUUCAUUGAGACCAGGAUUUGACUUGUGGAGGAAGGAAAAAGUAACAUGGUAGAGAAGUUACAAGGGUUACUGACCAAGGAAAGGAGCCAAAUAGCACAGAUACAAAACUGAGUGGGAUUGUUCUCUCCAUUCUAAAUGCUUAGCUUAUCAAAGUGCACUGGAAAAGGCCACCUCCCCUUUCUAGCAAAAAUGUGCAAAAAGGAGGGGAAAAAAAAAAAUCUGUGUAUUUCACUACACAGAAAACCCUCCCUGAUCUCUCGGGGAUAAGGGCUUAGGAAUGGCCUCGCAUUCAUAUGGAGUCUGAUAAUCCACAGGCAGGCCUGGGCCCAACCCCAGCAUAUCCAUGCAGAGUACCUCUUUCUUUGCACCCUUUCCAAGACCCUCUUCCCUUGAGCUAGCCUAGGGGCUAAAUUGCUCUUGGGCUUCCCCAAUCUACCUGCACGCUGCCUCCUCUUCCAAAGGGCAGAAGCUGGAUUGGAAGGUAAUUCUGUGGCCUAAUUUCUGCUGGACUUCCCUACAAAAACCACUUCAUUUUGGGUGGAGAGUGUACCCUAGAGCAAUUUCUCUGCUGGUCCCCUUCUGAAAUCAUCAGAGCAUCAAAUAUGAUUUACUCAUGUGUCGAGAGAGAGCGCAGCUGCUGACUCCGCUGUAGGAGAGAGCAUGAUGGAUAGUGGCCAGUGCCUUUGUUCUGUGCACUGUGACCACGUGGGCAGCAUAUGCUGCUCUCCACACAAUGCAAUGAGGGAGCAAAAUGGUCUGCAUUAUUUAAAAAUUAAUAUGUACGUAGGACCUUCACAGAACCGCAUCGUGGCUCUCUAACCUGCACCACCCAGGCUUUGUUACCAGUUAACUAACACACACUCAUUUCAAACCUAUAGGUACUUACUAACAGAGCUGUGAUGUUGGUAUACACACAAGGAAGUAAAACGGAGCCAUUUUGAAUUAUGCAGCACUAGAUGCAUGUACUUGGGAGGUGGGAUGGGGUGGGGUGGGAGGAGAAGUGUUUGCCAAGUGGAAAAGGACAAAAUUGUAUAUUUACAUUUCUUAAAACCAUAUAGAAUAAGAACUGACUGUUUCCUCUCUGGAAAUCAAAAUCUGCAUUUAUAUUUAGAGAUUUUUUUAAUUUAUUUAUAAUGAAUGAACUGACACUAACGAGAGAGAUGUUUGGACCUAUACAAAUAUCUAACUAGCUAUUUGUAAAUAGUCUAUUCUGCUGUGACUAUAUGCCCCUAAUUCUCACUAAUGGUUGUAGUUCCUAUCAUUGUCAGAAUAGAGUACUUAGAGCCCAAUCCUGCAAUGCUUACUCAGGCAAGCAAGUAAUUUGUCUGAGUAAAAGGUUCAGAAUCAUGGCUAGUCCUGCAAAGGGAUCCACAAGAAGGGUCAUAAGGUUACUCGGUGCAGGAAUAAGGAUCUGCAUUCAAACCCCUUUGCAAAUGUGGGACCUUUAUUUGUCAAACCUAAACAGCUCACAUUCAAAAAUUGUCUACUCAAGUUUUAAAUUAAACAGAUUUAUUUUAUAGAUUUAUAGAUUCACUCAGUAGCAAGUGUAUCAUGGGCACAAUCUUGUAAUCUUUACUCCGGCAAACUCACACUGAGCUGAAUGAGAGGGUUUUUUUUUUGGUUGGUUGGUUUUUUUUUUUGCUUGAAUAAGGACUGCAGGUUGGGCUAUAUCUUGUUUGUUUGUUUUUUGUUUUGUUUUUUAAUGUUUUCUCUGAUUUGUGCCAUUUAGAUGGAAAAAAGUAGAGGCUGUAUAUUACAUUGAAAACCUGACCAAAAGCAAUAUAUUUGUAAGAACACAUAUCACAUACAAAAUAUUACCUAUCUCUUAGCAGGUUCUGCAGCAUUUUUAUGCUAAGUAUAUGAUUUUGAUUUUUAGAAUUAUUUUACAAUUUACAGUGUCUCAUACUCAUGUGUAAUAAUAUGACCUUCAUAUGAAGGAGUCAGACCUUGGGUGGCAUAUUAAUCUGUAUUAUCUUGAUUUUCUUAAGUUAUGUGCAGAUAAAUAAAAUGAACUUAGUACUGAAACCCUCCCCACACUGUUUACAGAUUCAUUAAAAAUGCUUUAGUGGAAGUACAUACUAUAAAAUGGGGAGAAAAUAUUUAUUGAAAGAAAUGAAAACCCAGAAGAUUGUGUGUGGUGGGGGUGGAUGUUUAAACUGUUUAAUUCCUUCUGUGUAAAGAGCCUCCUGCCCAGAAUAAAGUUACUCUUGAAGAGA